AUGUCCCAGCCUUUCGCGUCGCCACUCUCCACACUCGACCCUCUUCCACCAGAGAUCAUCCAAGUCAUCUUCGGCCACCUCAUCAUUCUCUCUCAAGGCUCCAAGGCUCUUGCCUCUCGUCUUUCACGCACAUCCAAGCACUUUCUAUCCCUCAUAUCCCCCCAGCUAUACCGCCGAUUAUCGCUCUGCGCGUCGAAUGCGGCUCAAUUCUUCUACGGUCUGGAGGGUCUCGAAUCCGGAGAGCUGAGGCAUUUUGACGGAAGCUUUGGACGAGAUGGUUCGGGGCUGGAGGGGAAGAGCCUGGCAGAGAGGAGGCUGAUAUGGAUAGGGCUGGUCAGGGAGGUGGCGAUAGAGGACGCAGAGGCGCUGAAGGCGUGUUACAAGGCUGUCAAAGCGAUCGUCGGUCCCAAGCCUCGGCGUUUUCACGGCCGGACCCUCUUCUUCUGGGGCCGCGCCAAAGGCGAAGAAGCCACCCUGACCUUGUCUUCGCACCUCUGCGAGACGUUCGGCUCUGCAAAUCCCAACAACGCCCCUUACGUCUUUCCCAUACUCUACGCCCUCGCGCAAUCUUGCUCGCUCGUGAUCGACCUCCCACAUGAGCUCGAGCGUAUGCUGGAAAGCUCAAUACCGGCUUUCCAUGCCAUAUGUCGGGGCCUUUCUCCCUGCGUCAAGAGCGUCACAAUCAACAACUACCGGGCGACGCCAUUCGAAACGAAGACCAUCUACGCGAGCGGCUUCUUCUCCUUCUUCGACUCAUCCCUCAGCGGGGGACGACUUUCCACAGUGCGUCUGGCGCUAGCUCCAGGAAUCGAGCAGCUGCAGGAGAUGCUGCAUAUAGCAAGGCUCGCUGCCAACGCUGCUUUGCCUGAGGUCACCAUCGCCUUCGACAACUACCACCUACAACCAGGAGAGACGAAGGUGCAGAUACAACAAGCGGUCGAGGAAGCUCAUGAGAGGGCUGAGGAAGAGAGCUGUAUCGUCAGUCUGGGAGUGGCCUUUAGAAUGUUGUAA